AUGAGGACACAUUUUUAUGGUGGAUUGAAUGGUGAGAAUGCACCCCCUUGUAUUAAUGAAGAAUCAUUGAAGAAACUUCAUUUGCGAAUGACAGCGCAUGAAAUGCUUAUGUUUGUACGAAGCUUAAGCCUUCUUAUUGGUGAUAAUAUACCUAACGAUGAUCAAUAUUGGCGUUUGUAUUUGUUAUUACGUAAAAUAAUUGAUGUUGUCAUGAGUCCAAUUGUUUAUGAAGGCUUGACUGUGCAUUUGAACGCACUUGUGAAAGAACACAAUGAGCUUUAUGUUUCUCUUUUUGGUAAUCUUAAGCCAAAACAUCAUUUUCUUACCCAUUAUAGUAGAAUUAUGUUGAAUGUUGGCCCACUCAUUCAUACGUGGUGCAUGCGCUUUGAAGCUAAACACAGGCAACCGAAAACUGUUGCCAAAAGUACUCAAUCAAGAAAAAAUAUUCUGAAAACCUUAGCUAUAAAAGAGCAGUUAGCUCAAUCAGCAAGAGUGAAUUUCGAUAUGUCAGAUGUUCAGAAAUUCGGCAAAAUGUCUCAAGCUGAUGUUCUCAGUGACUCUGAUUUGCAACCUUUUAUUCCAUUUUUGCCUGCUUCUUGUCAGUCUCAUUCCGUGGUCGUUAAUUUUGUUAAAUUCAAAGGUGUGGAAUACAAAGUGGGAUCAUGUGUUAUCAUAACAGCAGAUGAAGAGUGGGGCCAACCGUGUUUUGGGAUUGUGUCGUACAUUCUUUUAAAUGAGCAGGAGGAUUUAUUUCUAUUGUUAAAAGUGUUAAAGACGGACUAUUUUGAUGAUCAUCUUCAUUCCUAUAAAGUUUCUGCUUCAACCAAUGGUACCUACACUUGUACUUCCAUAAAUGAAUUAUUUUGUCCUCAUCCAGUUAUUUUAAAUGAACAGGGAUCUGUUAAAUAUGUAACAGUUAAUUAUAUGUUGUAA